AUGCUUGCUCGUCAGGCGGCUGUGCUUUGUCGUUCCGCUUCGACAAAGGCCCAUGGGAAAAGGGUCAAAACCUUCGAGAUUUAUCGAUACAACCCGGAGACUCCCGGCGCAAAGCCUUACAUGCAGAAAUAUGACGUUGAUUUGGACAAAUGCGGUCCAAUGAUUCUCGAUGCGUUGAUUAAAAUCAAAAACGAGGACGAUUCGACACUCACCUUUAGGCGCUCAUGCCGUGAAGGUAUCUGUGGUUCGUGUGCUAUGAACAUCGGCGGCACGAACACUUUGGCGUGUAUUUGCAAGAUUGAAGAAGACACAAGCAAAAGCACGAAAAUUUACCCACUGCCGCAUAUGUUUGUGGUGAAGGAUCUCGUUCCGGACAUGAAUCUCUUCUAUGCUCAAUACGCUUCUAUUCAACCCUGGAUUCAAAAGAAGGAUAAACUGACUUUGGGUGACAAGCAGAUGCAUCAGAGUGUUAAGGAACGAGAACGACUUGAUGGUCUCUAUGAGUGCAUUUUGUGCGCCUGUUGCUCGACUUCUUGUCCUUCCUACUGGUGGAACGCUGAUAAAUACCUUGGACCAGCUGUUCUCAUGCAAGCUUACCGGUGGAUCAUUGAUUCUCGAGAUGAUUAUGCAGUUGAGCGCUUGCAUCGCAUGCACGAUGCCUAUUCGGCUUUCAAAUGCCACACGAUUCUCAAUUGCACAAAGACAUGCCCAAAGCAUUUAAACCCUGCUCGAGCUAUCGGAGAAAUCAAAUCACUUUUGGUUGGACUGAAGACAAAGCCAGCUCCCGAUCCUGCCACAUUU